AUGGAAGGAUUGAGAAUGGAUGGAAGUAACCAUAAAUUGAUAUUUACCAAAAAUCCAGGUUCAUUACAUAUUGGAAAGAAAAUUGAUUGGAAUAUUUUUAUAUUACCUUCAAAACAAAAGUGUAGUUUCAAAUUAAAUGGUUUACAGUCGUCAGUUAUAAUUGCAUUAAAUCACGGAGCACGAUCUAUCUUUCUGUCUUCCCCCUUUGACACGAAUAGAACAAAGCUUUUACGGAAAUUUUCUUUUGAAGAUUAUACAUCUGUUUUAAGAUAUAACGGAUCAUUAAAUAAUCCAUUAUCUUAUCAUUUUUACGAACCAGUGGACACGAAUAAAUUCAAUAAGAAAACAGACUUUUCUUAUAGACAUGGUGUAUGGAAAACUUCUUCACUGCAAAAGAUCAUUGAACCAUCUAAAAGAGCAACUUCUUUUCAAGAACAGGCGCCACCAAUUUUUCUCCCUUUUGAUACGCUUGUAUCGAUAGUCAUAGAUAAUAUACUGUUUAGAUAUGAUGCGUUCUGGGCUUUUGUUUCCUUUAAAAAUGAAUCGGUCUGGUCUGUAUGGGUUCAGAAGCUUUUACAAGAACUUGGUGAAUCAGUUAUGUAUAUUCCAGGCCUUAAUCAAGGUGUAUUGGAUUGUCGGGAGACAUCUAUUCCGCGUAUGCCGACAUAUCUAAAAUCUUGGAAGUGUACGGAAAGAUCUACGUUUUUCUCCUGUGUUUUAUCAUUGACAAAUUUCAUGAUCGAAAAAUCCAUUUUGCGAACAGUUGAAUAUCAGUCUGUGGCUGAAUGGUUAGAUCAUUUGCUUAAUAAUGGUUAUGAACAACCAGCCUUAGUCCAACUAGACCACAAACAAGAAUCACUUGAACCUUCGUACAAUGUUUUUCAUAUUCCAUCUUAUAUGAAUCCCAUUGACAAUCUGGAUGACACAUUUAAAUCAAUCUGUGUGAAAGGUAUAUCAAAAUGUCACAAGGUGCAGCCGAGUACUGUAACGUUUGAACCUCUUAAUAUAUUAUUAGUCAUUGUUUUUAAUAGAGCAGGACAUUAUCAGUCACUGGACUAUCUAGAAUCUAUAUAUCGUCCUUAUUUUAAACAUAUACUUUACUGUGGAACAGAUAUUAACAAUUUCUUUUUAACCUUUGAUAAAUUAAAAAAGCCCGUAUCCUUCCUUGAACUUGAAGCUGGAGGGUUCUCUAAUGGUGAACAAGGUUAUCAAUGUGUGCAAUUAGCUAUUAAAAUGAACUACGAUGUAGACGGUUAUUUUCAUGUUGCAGACGACGUAUUAUUGAAUAUUUGGAAUUUACGAAAUAUCUCAACUGAUAAAAUUUGGUUUCAACAAAGCAUGCGUCCUGCUAAUUUAACACAACCAACUGUUCCUGAUGUAUGGAGAAAUCCUAAUUGGUGGCCUUGGAAUAGUGGUCGAGGACGCAGUGCGGUUGAAAGAGCAAUUGGCACCGUGAGGAAUCUUAGUCUAAGAGAUGUUAUGGCUAAAAAGUUUUUAGAGACAUUGGCUCGUAAUGCAGGGGGCUUAAAUCGAGUAUUUUAUGAAGUAUCGGAUAUAUUUUACAUACCAAGUGUACUGGCAAAACAUUUUGUGUAUUUUGCAAGCGUGUUUUAUUCCAAUAAUGUGUAUUUAGAAAUUGCUGUACCAACUAUCAUAAAUGGUCUGGCCGAAAAGAAGGACAUUGUCAUGAUAAACGGCUCUUAUUUGUGGUACCAGGACAGGGCAUCAUAUAGAGAAACGUUCAAUUAUUCCAACAUAUUCAUGCAUCCGGUUAAACCGGAACCUUGUUUAAAAGACAAACAUUGCAUGGAAUUUCUUUGUAAAAAGUAUUUACCAUGUGUUUUCGCAGUUCACAAUAAACAUUAA